AAACACGACGCAUACGAAGCAAGUCGGCUCAGCUACCGCUAUCACUCAAUCAUCACUGGAUCGGCGACAAAGCAGUGCGAUUGCGAGCCACGAGCAACAAGACAACGGUAACAUAUUGCGAGAGGAAUUCAACCUAAACUAAGACUUUUCCAUCGAUCUAAAGACGACGGAAUGUCGAGCGGGACGGACGAAUGCAAAUUAAAGGGCGGUCAUCCUCCGGCAGUGAAGGCGGGCGGCAUGAGAAUAACCCAGCAUAAAACGCCGAAGGACGAGCGCGAGACGAAACCUAGCAAGGAUGUCGAGGACAGCAGACCGUCUAGCAGUCCGCCGAAGACGAUAAUGAUUAGCGGUGCCCCAGCCAAAGGGAACGCUGAUUUUCCGCCGGAAGCUGUUCAACACUUCCAUGAGAAGCCUACACCGACGCAUGAUGCACGACCGGCGCACUGUUCGCGUCCCAUUAUCAUCCAACAACCCAGAAAAUGAACUGCAUUUUGCAAAUCUUAUAUUGAACUGAUGGACCUUGGUCCGCAGAGUCAUCCGUUGAAUUUACGCGAGAAGAAAUUUUAAUUAUAUAAAUAUAUAUGAAAGAUAUAAGUAUGUGUGUAUAUGUGUACACAUAUGCAUAUACACACAUACAUGUAUAAGCGUACUUAAAAGUCUUUAAAAAAGCUUAAAAUCGAGAAUUUUGGACAUGAAGCAGUUUCGCGCUGCUUGAACCUUGAUCCUUUAACUGAUAAGUGAUUACUAUCCUUUUUCUAAUUAAUUAACUAUAUACAUAUAUAUAUAUAUAUAUAUAUAUAUAUAUAUAUAUGUAUAUAGUUAAUCAGAUUGUCUCAUAAUUAUCUGUUAAAGAAUUAAGAGAACUCGAUUUUGUAUGGAUUAGAUGUUAACCAUCUUAUGAAAGAUUACUAUAUUGUUAACAAUGAAAAAAGAAAGUUUAUUUUUUUGGACGCCACAAGAUUCCUGCAUCGGCAUUUAACAGGCUUUUACAAGUAUGUUUUUAAUUCGUUCACAUUUUCAUUUUGUUUCUUUUUAUAUUAGAUACGACACGUUUACUAUGAUUAUAUUAAAUAUUGUAACACAAUUAUACAAUAUGAUCACUAUUUUUGGGACCAGUAUAUACUGCAAUUCAUGAUAGAA